AUGGAUGACUUCGAUCUGCUCUCGGAACCUUCCACAGCGCAGGCAAUCCUCGGCGCCCGGCCGCGCACCACGCGCCCCGAGGAGUCCGAUUUCGACCCCAACGUGCCGCGGCGCACGGCUGCACAGAGUGGGCCCGGCGGCGGCAGCGGCACGGUGGAUCUGGCCGAGUUGAAACGCAGGAUCCAUGGACCUGGAAAUUGGCCCCGGCUGGCUGCAUGGAUGGCGUGGGCCCAGGAUUUUGCAAAGGAGAGGCCAAGGGUGGCCUUCGGCAUUUUUGUAACUCUCCUGAUGUUGGCCAUGUUUGGUUCGAUCUACAUCUCCACCCGUUCGCCGUUGCCUCCAGGGGAGCAGAUGAGUACCACAGGCUCUGCGGAUAUUGUGCUGGAUGCAGAGCCAUUGACAACUGCAGCACCCAAGGAAUCAUCUUGGCCAAAGGUCACGGGCUCCAAGGAUGUCCAAGCUGUCAUCGACGUUGUACGCAAGGACAACAGUUUGCUGCGCGCCGAACUGAACGGCCUUCGCCAAGAGCUGCAGGACAUCAAACAACUCCUCCGCGGCGCGACACCCGCAGUGGCAGUGUCGGGUGCGGCGACUGCGGCGACUGCGGCGAGCGCCGUGGUGGUGCCCAAAGAGGCACCGGCAGGCGAUGACACGGGCGAAAUCCACGCUGGUGGAUGGAUCAAUGACUGUGUUGCGGAGACUUGCCGUGCACGGUGGUUGGUUCAAAGACUGUGCGGCAGAUACGCAGACUGUGACAUUUUUCGUCCCUCUUUGGGGGCUUCGUAA